CGUCUCUAUCCAAUCGCAAGAGCCGUGAUCACUUCCCCACUCCUCCCACUGCACAGUCUCCACUGCCGCGCUUGUAAUCGCCGAGCGAUGCGCGAUGCGUCACGUCCAAACCCUAGUCUCCCUCCGCCGCCGCCUCCUCCGCCUCUCCUCGAGCGCCAUUAGCUCCUCCUCCUCCUCCUCCUCCUCCUCCUCAUCUCCUCGUCUCCUUCACCUCGCCAUCGCCGGAGCUUCCCGAUCCUCCUCCCAUGCUCCGAUCCCCACAACCACCGCGUCCGCCGUGGGGCCGCAGCUCCGCCACCGCGCGAUAUUCCGGAGGAGCCUCAUACUCCAAACACUCCCCGAUCCCGUGAGGAUCGAGAAGCUCUCGGAUUCGGAUUCAGGGAUCGUCGAGCUGAAGCUGGAGAGGCCGGAGGCGAAGAACGCGAUCGGGAAGGAGAUGUUGAACGGACUGAGGCGCGCGCUCGAUGUGAUCGAUGGAGACUCCUCGGCGAAUGUGGUGUUGAUCUCGAGUUCGGUCCCUAGGGUUUUCUGUGCCGGGGCUGAUCUCAAGGAAAGGAGGCUGAUGAAUACUUCUGAAGUUCGGCUAUUCGUCAAUUCUUUAAGGUCAACUUUCUCGUCAUUUGAGGCACUUUCUAUUCCUACAAUUGCUGUUAUUGAAGGAGCAGCAUUGGGUGGUGGGUUAGAAUUGGUCCUUUCAUGUGACCUUCGUAUAUGUGGAGAGAAUGCAACAUUUAGCUUGCCAGAAACUGGACUUGCCAUAAUUCCUGGAGCUGGUGGGACCCAGCGCCUUCCCAGAAUAGUAGGAAGAUCUGUUGCCAAGGAGCUGAUAUUCACCGGUCGUAGGUUUGAUGCAAUAGAAGCUUUGUCCAUGGGACUGGUCAAUUACUGUGUUCCUGCUGGAGAGGCAUAUCAAAAAGCCCUUCAAAUUGCUCGAGAGAUAAACCAGAAGGGUCCUUUAGCUGUAAGAAUGGCUAAGAAGGCUAUCAACCAAGGGAUGGAGGUUGAGAUGCCCUCCGCACUCUCAGUAGAGGAAGAAUGCUAUGAGCAGGUGCUGAACACGGAGGAUCGUCUUGAAGGGUUAGCUUCAUUUGCUGAGAAGAGGAAGCCGAGGUAUACAGGUAAAUAGGUCCGCGUAUAAUACCCCUCCUUCCUUGAGAUCCUGAUUAUACGUGCAUUGUCAUGCCCUUUUCUUUCCACAGCCUGUCAUUCGGGGAUAUAAUUUCUGAAAUGUAUAUUAAGGCCUAAUUUUGUAAUGUAGUGAAUAAAAGUGCUAUUUUUACAUUUUGAAAGGUCAAUAAAGUUUAAAAACACUUUAAAUCCUCUCUUAUUUUAUGCCAGAAAAUUAGAGCGACGACUGCCGCCGGAGAAACAUGUAUUCACUUGCUUUUCUAAUAACAAUCGUCAUCAUAAUUUUAUAAUAUUGAAUAAAAAAUUAAGUGUUUUUGAAUUGUUUAGUCCAUUCAAAACAUAAAAAUAGCAUUUUUAGCCACGUUAUUAUCAAACUGGAUUUAACAAACCCAGCCCGUUGAAUUAAAUUGGAAAUGUAAGGUAUAAUGAAUAAAAAUUAAAUAUCUUAGGCAUGAUUGCCUUUUAUA